ACGUUGAGAGGGGGCGUGCCAGGCAGGGGGCGUGGGCGGUGUCUGGUCAGGCUGCGCGGCGGACACUCUCCUCAUUCAUCUGACGCAGGGUCCGGCGAUAUGCUGUGCUGCUGAGCCGGUGACCGGAGGACGUCCUCCCCUGCCUUAGCACGGAAAUGCUGCGGGUGUGCAGGAAGGCCCGGGCGGCAGCGCUGGCCAAGGAAUGUCUUUGUGUGAAGCCGUCACUCCAUCCCGCGCGUGUUACCAGAGCGUACUCCACCGAACCAUCAUCUGGGCCAUCUGCCGGGAAGGUCGUUGCCGCUGGGCUCCUGUUUGUCAGCGGUGGUGUUGGAGGCACCGUGCUCUAUGCCCACUGGGAUCCAAAGUUUCGAGACAAUGUCGAGAAGUCUAUACCAUACUCUGAGAAACUUUUUGAACUUGCCCUUGGACCUGCACCUUAUAACUUGCCAUUGCCAAAGAAACCGGUGAAGUCUGGUCCAUCACACAGUUCCUCAGUAUCAGAAGUAACGAAGGAGUCCAAGCUUCCCAAAAAAGAGACCUCUGAGGCCCCCCCUGCCGCUAGUGAGAGUUUGGAAGCGUCAUCGCAUGUAGCGCAGAUUAUUUCUGCCACGGGUGAUGUGGUGUCAGUGCCAGCAGCAGUGGUACAUGAAGAGGGUCCUCCAAAGGCACCGGAGUCAGCCAGCUCAGAAGCUGAGCACUGUAAGCACGAGGAGACCGGCCACCUGAAGGAGCGACCGGCGGAGGAGGUGGCUGCUCGCCUGGUCCAGCAGGAGAAAGAGGAAAAGGAAAAGAUUGAAUCUAUAGCGUCUGUCCUAGAGGAAUCGCUCGGCAACACUGCCCGGGUCACACUCCAAGCCAUCACCUCUCAGGAGUCUGCAGUGCAAGCCGUCAACUUCCAUGCACAGAAGCUGCGAGAGGCUAUGGAUGACUCCCAGGUGCCUGCGGAGCAGAAGUCCUUGCAGUGGCGGGAUCUGGAGGACGCCCUGAAGGUGCGCAGCAGAGCUGUGGAUGAGGCAGCUGAUGCUCUUCUCAAGGCAAAGGAGGAGCUGGAGCGGAUGCAAGGUGUGAUCGAUGACGCCAAGAAGAAUUCAGUUAAUGGCGCAAAACCUCAUAUCAUCUCAGCCGAGGAGAAUCUACAUCGCAUGAUCGUGGACCUGGAUAACGUUGUUAAAAAAGUACAGAAAUCUCAGUCUGAAGCAAAGAUCAUGGCUCAGUACCAUGAGCUGGUGGCGGUGGCCCGAGAGGAUUUCCAUAAAGAGCUGGACAGUAUUACCCCGGAGGUACAGUCUGGCUGGAAGGGGUUAAACAUUUCCAAUGUAGCUGGGAAGCUGAGCCCUGAGGACCUGAACUCGCUUAUUGCCCACGCCCACCGGCGUAUCGACCAGUUACACAAGCAGCUGGCGGAGUACCGAGUGCGGGAGCAGCAGCACAUCGAGGUGGCCUUAGAGAGGCAGAAGCUGGAGGAUAAGAAAGCCCUGGAGUCCGCUGUGAGCAAAGCCCUGGAGCAUUACCGCGCCGAGAUCAAACUGGAGCAAGACAAGAAGGUAGAGGAGGUGCGGGAUGUGAUGGAGGCAGAGAUGAGGACACAGCUGCGCAGACAAGCAGCUGCACAUACUGACCAUCUGAGGGAUGUCCUUGGUGUACAGGAGCAGGAACUGAAGGCAGAGUUCCAGCAGAACCUGUCUGAGAAGCUUUCAGACCAAGAAAUGCAGUUCAGGCGCCUUUCUCAGGAGCAGCUAGAUGGCUUCACCCUGGAUAUUAACACUGCCUAUGCCAGGCUCAAGGGCAUUGAGCAGGCUGUAGAAGGGCAUGCGGUUGCUGAAGAAGAAGCCAGGAAGGCCCACCAUUUGUGGUUGUCAAUCGAAGCUUUAAAAUUUACUUUGAGAACGGCCAGCGGUGCCAGCCCCACCGAGCCCCUGGAGACUGCGGUCCAGGGGAUUAAAGAAAGCUGCUCCAACAAUGAAUUCACUGAGGCCCUGACCGCCUCCUUGCCCCAGGAGUCCCUACACCGCGGUGUGUACAGCGAGGAGGCACUGAGAGCACGUUUCUAUUCCGUCCGCAAUCUAGCCCGCCGAGUGGCCCUGAUUGAUGAAACCAGGAACACUCUCUACCAGUACUUCCUCUCUUAUUUACAGUCCCUGCUCAUUUUUGAACCCAAGCAACUGAAACCCCCCAGCGAGCUGACCUCCGAGGAUCUGGACACAUUUAAGCUGCUCUCUUACGCCUCCUACUGCAUCGAGCACGGCGAUCUAGAGCUGGCGGCAAAGUUUGUCAAUCAGUUACAAGGCGAGUCCAGAAGGGUGGCCCAGGACUGGUUAUCCGAAGCCCGUCUGACCCUAGAAACCAAGCAGGUCAUUGAUAUUCUGUCUGCCUAUGCCAGUGCAGUUGGUUUAGGUACAACACAAGUACAAUAAAUAUGAAAUAAAGACAAGAGUUGCAGAAACGUUCCCUGUUGUCACACACAGGAACGCACUCCCCCCAAACCUCACACAGUUGAGUUCUGAUUUGGUAUUAUGUUAUUGUAUCAAAACCCCCACUUCUAACAACCUGUCUAAAACACAAUUGCGCGCUCCUGCAUCAUGCCUGCAAACUCCGAGGUCUUCUGUAGCCUGUAUUACGUUUUUAAGUUUUCAGGUUUUACUGAUCAAACACAAAUAAUGUAAUUUAUCGUUGCCUUCUGGAUUAUCUGAAUAAAAUGGAAUUCACAUUC